AUGAACGACCUCACCCCCGGCAUGGACGGCCGCGUGCAUCGCGCCGCGGCAAAGACGCGCGACCACUUAAAGUCCGCGAAGGUGGAGACCAGAGGCGCGUGCCCGGUCGGGAGGAUGGGCGCGAAGUGCGACUACGCGUGCGCGACGUCGUGGUCGCGAACGGCGACGCAUGUGAUGGAAAGAGGUGGUCUCAACAUUUUCAGCGACGCGGAACUGAGCGGCGAGGCGAACCCGCACGCUGGGUUCCGCGGCGCGAAGACGGAGUUCAUCCCUCCGAGGGAGCUCUACCCGCACGCGCCCGGGAGCGAUUCGGAGCGUUCCAAGGCGCUCAUCACGCGCGCCAGCUUGGGCGACGGCGACGACGACUACGACGACGACGCGUCGACCGAGUGCACGCGUCAAGACGCCGCCCGCGGUCUCUGCUUCAUCGGCUCUCUCGACCCGAUUCAAGCGCACAGCUACGUGCGCGAUUCCACGCGCACGCCAAGGCCGGUGCUCGCGUACGAGCUCGACCAGUGCACGUCGUCGUGCCGCGGGCACGCGAACCUCGCCGUGCACGAGUGCAAAAUGUGGUUGCUUGACAAAUCGCACGCGCGACAGAAAUCGACGUGCCGCGCGUCGAUUCGCGACAUGCUGCACCGUUGCGGCGUGCACUCGCACGAUCACUACGGCGAGCACAGCGUCCGCGCGUGCGAGGGCAAGGCCCAGCGCGCGUUCGUCAAGCUCGGCGCGCCGAGGAGCGAGCACGAGAGCGGAUGCGAGACGUGCGGGGUGGUGCACUACUUCGAAGCGCACGGGUUGCGCGACGCGGAGCAUCACCCGGACACGGGCGCGUCGCUCGGUUCCGCGUUCGUGAAACACGAGCGCGUGAACUUUGAAGACACGCAGCUCGCCGGGCACGCGCGCCACGCGCGCGCGCUUCACGACCGGUUCGAGCGCGAGGAGCGCGAGAAAGCGGCCGCGCUCGGCGACGAAAAGGAGGAGGAGGAGGCGACGACGACGAACGACGUCGACUUAGACAACGACGAAGUUUUCACUGAGGACGCCGACGCGCUGCGGAUGCCGGCGUCGACGCACCACUCGCUCGCGCGCGAGACGACGUACGAGCACUCGCUCAUGUUCCCUACGUGUUCCGUGAACUUGCACUGCACGCCGCGGUGUUACACGCACGUCCAUGGCGUGUUAAUGCGACGAUGCAUCGCGUGGAUCGAAGGCGACGAUAAUGAAAAAGACGGAUGCGAAGAAGCGAUCGAGGACGCGCCGAGGGCGUGCCUCGAAAACGAACGCGUCGACUGCGUCGACUCCGUCGCGACCGGGUUCAGAGCGCUGCUCGAUCCGACCGCGAUGAUGGCGACGGCGACGAUCGACGAGGAGGAGGACGCGCGAACGACGGCGAAGGCGCUCGACAGCGGGCUCAAGCUCGCCGACGCCGACGCCGACGCCGAAAAAGAAAAAGAAAAAGAAAAAACCAAAAAAAUGAAAACGACGACGCCGCCGCCGCAGGUUGCGGGGCGACCGACGAAAUCAGUCGCCUCGACGACACGCGCGACGCCGCUCGACGAAUAGAAGAAGACGGCGGCGACGACGGCGCUGACAACAAAGCACGACGCGAGGGCGGCGGCGGCGACGACGACGAAGACGACGUUGGAUGCCAAAUUGGGCGUCGAGUCUGGGACGUCUUCUGCGACGUUUACGCUUUCGAUUUCGCGCGGCGCGCUCGCGAGCGCCGCCGUCGGAGGCGUCGCGUGCGCGGUAGCGCUCAUCGCCGUCUUGCGACGCGCGAGGAACGGCGAGGGCGUCAGAGGCGACUAUGGCGACGAUGACUCGUGGAAGCCGCUCAGAGGAAAUGCAAAUGCGAUUGGCUAUGGCACCGCGACGACCUCCUCUCUGACGGGACGAGGUCGAUCCACCGGAGAGGAUUCGUACGGAACGAGUAGAUGACACUUCACGUCGAGCUCACAGUUCAUAGAGUACAACCUUGAGAAGUUAGUUAUUCUAGCAAGACCAGCGAUUAUCAAGUACGAAGGUAUACUGUAAUUAAGAC